AUGUCCGCACAGAAGCAGACGACGUCGGCUCCCGCCCGCAAGGAGUACACCCGCGAGGAGGUGGCCCAGCACAACAAGGCCGGCGACAACUGGGUCAUUAUCGACAGCGAGGUCUACAACGUCUCCAAGUUCGCCCAGCUCCACCCCGGUGGCGAGCAGGUCUUCCACGACGAGGAGGUCGCCGGACAGGACGCCACCGACGUCUUCUUUGGCCUCCACCGCCGCGAGGUCCUCGAGAAGCCCCAGUACGCCCGCCUCAUCGUUGGCACCAUCAAGGGCGAGCAGCCCAAGCUCAAGGCCGACCCCGUCGGAUCCCCCUCGCGCGUCCCCUACGCCGAGCCCUCGUGGCUCGCCACGGGCUACCACAGCCCCUACUUCAACGACAGCCACCGCAGGCUCCAGCGCGAGUGGCGCAAGUUUGUCGACGAGGAGAUCACCGAGAUCGCCCAGCGCGUCGAGGAGAACGGCAAGCGCCCCGACGUCGAGCUCGUCAAGAAGCUCGGCGCCAACGGCAUCAACGCCAUGCGCAUGGGCCCCGGCAAGCACCUCCACGGCCGCAAGCUCUUUGCCGACAUCAAGGGCGAGGAGUUUGACUACUUCCACGAGCUCAUCAUCACCCAGGAGCUCGUCCGCUGCGGCGCCCGCGGCUUCGGCGACGGCCUCAACGGCGGCAUGGUCAUCGGACUGCCGCCCGUCAUGAACUUUGGCAGCCAGGAGCUCAAGGACGAGGUCGUCGAGCCCGUGCUGCGCGGCGACAAGUUCAUCUGCCUCGCCGUCACCGAGGCCUUUGCCGGCUCCGACGUCAUGGGCAUCCGCACCUAUGCCAAGAAGAGCGAGGACGGCAGCCACUACGUCGUCAACGGCACCAAGAAGUGGAUCACCAACGGCGUCUUUGCCGACUACUUUACGACGGCCGUCAAGACCGACGAGGGCUUCGCCGUCAUGUGCAUCCCGCGCAGCUGCGGCAACAUCGAGACCAAGAUCAUCAAGACGUCGUACUCGCCCACCGCCGGCACCGCCUACAUCACGUUUGACAACGUCAAGGUGCCCAGCAAGUACCUCAUCGGCGAGGACGGCAUGGGCAUCUACUACAUCCUCUCCAACUUCAACCACGAGCGCUGGGUGAUGUGCUGCAGCACCAUCCGCGCCGCCCGCGCCGCCGCUGAGCAGACGCUCCUCUGGACCAACCAGCGCAAGGCGUUUGGCAAGCCCCUCCACAGCCAGCCCGUCGUCCGCCAGAAGCUGGCCCAGAUGUUUGCCGAGGUCGAGGCCGCCCAGAACUGGCUCGAGAACGUCACCUACCAGAUGUGCAAGAUGUCGUACAACCAGCAGUCCAAGUUCCUCGCCGGACAGGUCGGACUGCUCAAGUCGUGGUCGACGCGCGUCUCGCACAACGUCGCAGACUCGGCCGUCAACAUCUUUGGCGGACGCGGCCUCACAAAGUCGGGCAUGGGCAAGUUUGUCGAGCUCUUUGCCAGGACCUACAAGUUCGACGCCGUCCUCGGCGGUUCCGAGGAGGUCAUUGGCGACCUCGCCGUGCGCAUGGCCCUCAAGCAGAUGCCCGAGAACGCCCGUCUUUGA